UCACUAAUUUUUGUAAUAACUUCUCUUAUAUUUUUGUUUACGAUUUUGAAUACCAUGGUUUGAAGAUUCAGUGCAUUUUGUAAACAAGUUCUAAUUUUUAAUAAUGGCCAAAGCUUCUGCAACUUUAUCUCAAAGUACAAGAAUGCAACCACCGCCGGGUCUUAAAGCUCUUAUUGACUAUUGUCAAAGCGUUUAUCCAGACCAGCCAAAUCCCUUGCAAGUAACCACAGUGUUGAAAUAUUGGCUUGGUGGACAGGAUCCUUUGGACUACAUUAGCAUGUAUGAAAAUAAAGGAGAUCCAGAAAAUGGCAUCCCACCUCAUUGGCAUUAUAUAAGUUUCGGUUUAAGUGAUCUACAUGGAGAUGGUCGAGUGCACACUAGGGAAAUAAAUGAUGAACGUUCAGGAAUGGGGUUUGAAUUAACGUUCCGUCUGAUUCAAUCAGAAUCAGGCCAGAAAAGUUUGGGAAAGUCCAAACAACCUCCAACAUGGCCGGCAAACUUAUUACAGGCAAUAGCCCGUUAUUGCUUUCAGACAGGUAAUAUGUUGUACUUCGGAGAUAAUAUACCCUGGCGCAAAAGUUUAAACGGCAGUGAUACCUCCUGUAUAAAAAACAUUCUUAUAACCCAAGAUGUCCAAUUAAGUAGUAUUCAUACGGUAUUUGGAACAGUCGAAUUUUGUCAGAUAGUUGGUGUUACGGAUGAAGAACUUGAACAAGCAUCUCGUUGGAAUGGCCGUGGUGUUUUGAAUUAUUUGCAACAAGACAUACAGACAGGUGGCAAAUGGUGGAUUACAAACAUGAAUCGUUCGCUUAGUGUAUUUGAGCUUUGUCCCGAAUUGCUAUUAAAUUUGCAAGAUGACUUGGAAAAACAAGGAUCUGAUUUAGCUGGUGUUAAUGCUGAAUUUACUUUUCGGGAAAUUCGGGAAGAACAUUGUAUAAAAAAAGAAAUAAACUCAGAAAGUUUAAAUGAGCAAUGCGUAUCUGAUGAAAAUAAUUGCGUGGGAAGAAAUGAAGUAAAGUGUGAGGGUUUCCCACAAUCAAUGUCAAUGAGUAGUAGUUCAUUGCAUAAAUCGUGUCCUCUUAAAUAUCAGCCAUAUUCGGCUGACUCAAUAUCGUUAGAUGGAAUUGAAAUCACUUUAGCUCCUUAUGCAGCAAAAUAUCUUAUAUUAGCCAUAAAAGAUCGGGUUCGACAUGGACGACAUUUUACAUUUAAAGCAGAACAUUUAGCUCUAACGCUGGUGUCAGAAACCGUCUCCGGAGCAAUUGUAAAAAAAUCAUACCCAUAUGGCAUAAUAGGGUAUUGGAUACAAGUGCUAAUUCCUAAUGAGUUAGUUCCUAGAAUGUUAGAGGAUUUCCAUAAUUUACAAUUAGAUAGUAAUACGGAAUACAAAGAACGUCAGGAAUUAUAUUGGCCCGAAUACAAAUUAAAGUUAAUCAUUGAUAAUCCUAAUAAAUUGGAUCCUACUGGUCUAUAAAAAUUAUGUAACAAAUUUAAAUUUUCGCAUGCUAGCUCGAAAUAUAAUAAUUUCAAAUUAUUUUGAACAGUUAUGUAUUUGAUUGUAAACAUCCUAUUAUAUUUUAACAAAUAUUAUAUCAGUAUACUUCAGUGAAGAAAGUACAUAUAUGAGCAUAUGAAAUUUUAAGAAAACAAGUGCUUUCAACAAAAAGCAUUUCAAGUUUAUAUUUUUUAAUAGUACUUAUAACUGAAACAAAAACAUUAUUAACAAAAUUUAUUAUCAAAGUUUUUAAAAAUUAAUUGUUUAACCACCCUGGGAAAUAAGUACAUGUAAAUUUAAUAGUUAUAAAUUCAAUACUAAUAAUUAUGUUGAUAUUCCAAUAGUUUAUGUUAUUUCAGUACCUAAUAAAUUUUUUUUUAAUUAUUCUAACUUUAUCUAAGCGAUUUGGCAUCGAGUCCGCUAGCUCCUUUAAAAUUGAAGAGCUAAUGUUCUGUCAUUGCCAAAGCAUCUGUUCACUCUUUGAGGGAAUCAAACUGGCGUAAACUUUUAUAAACCCCAGCGAAAAAUAUUCCCCAUAGGUACUCAAUUGGGUUUAAAUUAGGACUAGUGACUGCCCAAAACAAAACUUUCAUAUUACUGGAGCGUAAAAACUGUUUAUUGGCACGGGAAGUGAAAUAUCUAUUUUUAUCUGUAAAGUCAAUUGAAUUACCUUCCAGCAGCUGGAUAUAAAUAUCAGAAUUUGUUUUCGUUGAAAUAAAAGAAAUAUGAGAAUGCCUAGCUUACCUAAAAGCACUUCACACCAUAAAUGACCCUCUACCAUGAGUUCGCUUAUGUCGAGUUUGUCGUGGAUGCUUUAAAUCACGCCAAUACUUUUUGUAGCAAUCAAGUCCAUUUAAUUUGAAUGAUUUUCGUUAGAAAAUAUUACAAUUUGGAAUUCUUGCCUCCAAAAUUCAAAAUUCAAAUCAGGUAUAUUCAAUCUGGCUCGCACACACAGGGCACAUUCCAGAGCUUAUAAAUGCUUUACACGAGGCAUGCUUAUUAAAAAAAUACCUUAUUUACCUUUUAUAUUCAACUAUUUAACUUAUUUUUAUUUAAAACAGUAAUUUGAUACAAAUUUUAUUAAGUUAACACUAAAUUUUACUUCCAAUCUCAUUUAUUUCCUUAUACUUAUUACCAAUGAAAAAGCGAACACACAACAAAGAAUUGGGAUAACGGGACUAAAAGGGGAAAUUAAGAAGAAUUUCGCUUAAACAUUCUAAAAAUAGAUGUCAACCGAAGACAAUUGCAUACCAACAAUACAUUUUCAAUUUAAAAAGGAAAGUUAACAAAUAAACGGAACAAUGGCACAUAUAGUUUCUUCACUGAUUUAAGCAAUAUUCGAAUAUAUAUAAUUCAUAAUAAAGUAUGGAUAUGCCAGUUGCUGCUGAGAAAAUUAUAUAAAUUAUGUGCGAAUUUUAAUCGAAAUAGCAUCUAUUUUGGCGAUUGAGAGUAAAAAUAAAGCAAAAUUUAAAAAAUCCGUUCAAUGUUUAGAAUUUUAAGCAUCAUUAUACAUCUUUUAUAACAUAUGCAAUAUAUAUUUUAACUAAUGUGCAAAUAUGCAAAAAAUAUAAAAAUUUAAA